UUUCCAUAUAUUCACCAACUGACGGGAGCUAUCACUUGAUUGUCCUAGGAUUUCUGUCUGAUUUUUUUUUGAGUAAAGUUGCUCUCAUCCCUUCUACUUCCUGUCCCAUACAUACUGCCAUGAUGAUCACUUAGAUGACAUUGAUCCCCUGAGCUCCACUAACACAGCAUUCAACACGCGACACAGGCGUUCACUAUAGCCACAAUGUCGUCAUUUGUUUCUUCUAGCAAUACUGACUUGAAGUCUUCCCCUAGAAGUUCCGAUACCACCUCAGUCCUCCAAAGCCUUCCUUCCAAUCCGAGCUCUGUGACCAUCGCCUAUCUCGAAUACAAACGCCUGCUUCAAGAGUCGCAGCAAUUCUCAAAGUUGAAAAACUCGCUUCUAGAAGGGGGCCUCUCGCAGGAGACUCUCGAUGUCUUGGUUUGCGGUCCUCCGACAAGCCGCCAGACCAGUGGAGGCCGCGUUGCAAAUGCCGUACCCAAGUAUCGGGGCCGUCCAAGGCGUGCCGCCGUUCCCCGUCGCAGGCGCUCGGAUGAGUGUUCUGAUUCAGAUACUGUAUCAGAAGUUCAUGAUGAUACCACUUCGCUCGGCUCACCCACUAGUGAUGGAAAGGCGGAUCACGAUGAUUCUUCCCGGAGCGAGGAAUCUUCAGCCACCCCUACCGAUCAACGCACCGUGAUGAUUCGCAACCUGCCAGAUCGCGUCACGUACAAAGACAUUGUUGACGCUGUAAAGAGUGGCGCUCUCGUUCAUAUCUACUUGAGGGCUCGUGAGCGGAUCGCAAGUGUCUCAUUUGUGGAAGAGGCAGCGGCCCGCUCUUUCCUGCAGCACACAACCAGCCAGGGUCUUUUUGUUGCAGGGAAGCGCGUCGAGACCCAGUGGAAUGACCGACAGUUCUACAUUCCUCCCUAUGUCAGAAGCAAGAUCUACAAUGGAGCUUCGAGGAACUUAGUUCUCUACAGCGUGCAUCCGAACGUCACGGAGUGGGUCAUCCGAAAAGAUCUGGAGCAUAUCCACAACUUAAUCGUAAUCUCGGUUAAGUUCAGCAAUGGCAAUGCCUACAUAUCCACCAACUCCGUACACAAUGCACUCUUUGCAAGAUCCUGCAUGAUGUCCCGGCUCACAUACAAAGGCACGAAGAUUGGGUUCUCCCUUGACGAGUGCGCCGAACCACAGGGCAAGGUAUCCGCCGGGCCGAGACAAGAACUACGAGAUGCUUCAGCCAAGAAAUCUGGCUCAGUCCUCAACCGAUUCCAUCUUCUCUCCCUUGAUGGAACUGAUGACGACGAGAGCGAAGAUCACAACGGCGACUUCAGUGGUCGUCUUAAUGGUAGUAUCCGCUGGGCAAACAAUCGCAUUUCUGCCUGAUCACUUUUAGGCACCUGGACUUUGUCCGGGUUUUUCUACCUCAGCUCCUUGGUGUCUAAGGUAUCCAUCAACUUGUUGCAUUUCAUUUAACAGAAUUGAGGUGAGGCGGACAAAAAGGACGUGCGGGGUCUGCGGGGCCAUCGUAUACAGUGCUAUGUUUGAGCGAAUGAGAACUGGGUCAGAGGGGAUUCACACACGGGGUAUGGCAUGGGGCUGGACCGGAGAAGAUCUACAUAGAAUGGGACUGGAACCCGCAUUCAAAGAAAACCGCUGACCGCUCAAG